UGUUUGAUUUGGCUGUGAUGGUGAUGUUCUUGUACAUGUUGUAUGGGGGCGUGUAUGGGUCGGACUCCUUCGAAAAGAACGACGCCUUCUGCGAGUUCACAGCAAUCAUCUGCAGCAUGAGUUGUUUUGGCAGUCUGUGGAGCAUGAUGUGUGUGGCUGUCAACAGGUACAUCUUCAUCUGCCACAACCACCUCUAUGCCCGCUUCUGGGGGGUGAAGGGGACCAUUCUGUCCCUCGUGCUCAUCUGGGUGGCAGUGUUCUUGAUAGACCUGAUCAACUACGACUUCGUGGGUGUCGGAGACCACGUGUUUAAGGCGCCCCUGAUCCACUGCAGCUUCACCCUGGAGAACACUUGGUGGGUGAAUACUCUGUUGUACACUGUGGUCGCCCUCCUCCUCCCCCUCCUCCUCAUCCCCUUCUGCUACUACAAAAUAUGGACCAAAGCCGCAUCUUCAGGUGCGGUGGCGAAGAGUGAGCGUCGUCAGCGAGAGCAGAAGCAGCUCGUCAUCUCUCUCCUUCUCAUUUUCUUCGUCUGUCUCAUCACCUGGCUGCCCCUCGCUGUCAUCAUAUUCGCAGUCGGCGUCGACAACAAAUACGCCGCAUACGUUCCCGAAGAGCUAUAUGUGUCGAUUGAACUGUGGGCCCACGUGAACUCCAGCUUCAACUUCGUGGUGUACGGAUUCACCCAUCGGGGAAUGAGGACAGCCUACCGAAUGUGGGGACAGAAACUUCUCCCCUGCUGCUUCAACAGUGACUCAUCUGCGGCCAGUCAGAAAUCAGUUGAGGGAACUUCCGCUGCGGCGGCAACGAGAGUCGCCAACACAGGAGUGUGAACGAGUUAACGGAUCAAGUUAACAUCCUCCCCCCAAA